AUGUUAUUCUUACUCCUAAUACUACCAUUUGGGUUUAGUUUCAAUCCAUUCAAGAACAAAAACAUGGCUCAAGAUAGAUUAUUAUGUAAGAAUUGUAGUAGUUAUUUCCCUAACCAACCACCAUGGAAUUUAUCAUAUGCCCCAUUCACAGUGAUUUGUCCUCCAGGUGAAUUAAUUCGAGAUGCCAAUAAUGCAUCAUUAUGUCAAGAAGAAUCAAAUUAUAUUACCCAUCGUAAUGCUAAGACUGAAAUAUCAUUAAAAUCUUUAUUCCAUAGAAACAAAAUCCCUAAUUUCGACAUUGAAACAUUUUGGUCCAUUAAAACCAAACCCAUCCAAAUAGCAAUAUCUAUAUCUGGAGGCGGAUAUCGAUCAAUGCUUACAGGUGCUGGGGUUGUAUUGGCAUUAGAUAAUAGAUAUCCCAAUUCGUUAUUAUGUUUAAAUGGUUUAUUACAAAGUACUAGUUAUAUUGCUGGAAUAUCUGGUGGAUCUUGGUUAGUAAUGAGUAAUUUUAUUAAUGAUUUCGAACCAAUUCAUAAAUUAAAAGAUUUGAUUUCAGAAAAAUGGGAUUUAGAAGAACUGUUAUUACAAGGAGUGCCUAAUUUUGAUACCUCGGAAUUACAAAAAGACCAGCAACAACAACAACAGCAAAACUUGGAAUCAAAAAAUAAAUACAAAAAUAAAAAGCAAGGAAUGUUUAGUAGUAUUUUGGAGUUGUUUAUAUCAGUUAAAAGUAGCAGCGCCGGUAACACUAAUGGUAACUCUCAACCAGGAUUUAGUGGCUGGAUAGGCAGUUUGUUUAAUUCUCCACAAGAGCAGCCUCUAACCAAGCCAAAUCAAACUCAAACUCAAACUACAGAUGGAUACAGGUUGAUAAAAAAAUACUUGCAUUUCUAUAAAGAAUUGUUAAUUGAAGUCAGAGACAAAAAGAAAGCUGGGUUCCAUACUUCAUUUACAGAUUAUUGGGGUCGAGCAUUGGUUAGGAGGAUUUUCAAAUCCACAGCAAGAACUCCAGGUGCAACAAUAUCUGCUGCCACACACGUAUUAACUUCAUUCAAAGAAUACGAUCAACCUUUCCCCAUAAUUGGAACCAUUGAAAAAGAUCCCAGCAAUCCAGAAUUUUCAACAAAUCUUGAAUCCCAUUGCUUUGAAUUGACUCCAUUUGAGUUUGGGUCCUGGGAUUCAUAUUUGCAUGCUUUUAUUCCAAUUAAAUAUUUAGGAACAUCUUUAAAACUGAAUGUACCAACCAAGAAAUCAACCACUGGAAAUUAUUCUUAUUGUGUUUCUGGAUUUGAUAAUGUUGGGUUCAUUACUGGAACUUCUUCUUCAAUUUUCAACCACGUAUUCUUUUCAGUGUAUAAAUUACUUGAAAGUUAUGAACUGGAUGCAGUAUCACUAAUUGAAACAACCUUGAAAUCACUUGGAUUGAGUUCAGAAUGGAAAACUUUGAAAAAUCCUAAACUACACGCUGAUUAUGCCUUGUAUUCACCUAAUCCAUUUUUUCAAUAUGGCAAGAACAAUACCAGUAUCUGGGAAAGUCCUGAUUUAUAUUUGGUAGAUGGUGGAGAUGAUGGACAAAACAUACCUUUCCAUCCAUUUUUGACUGCAGCCAGGAAUGUAGACAUUAUAUUGGCAUACGAUAUGAGUAAUGAAAAGGAUAAUUACCCAAAUGGAACUGUACUUGCACGGACAUCACAGCGGUAUAAACAAACAAACAACACCAAAAUCGAAAUACCAUAUUUCCGCCUACCAGAUGGUAUUACUACCAAAUCAUUAAUUAAAUCUAUAUUCCCGAAAGUUCCAACACCAAAGCAAAUAACCACUAGUGGGUUAAACAAACAUCCAAUAUUCCUUGGUUGUGAUAUUGUUGAGGAUUAUGAGGCUUUGGAAUUUCACGAUAUGGUACCAAGAGAAACCCAAAUACGGCCACAAAACUACUUACCUCCUUUGAUUGUAUACCAUGCCAACAACAAUUAUAGUUAUCGAUCUAAUACUUCUACUUUCCAAUUGAGUUACAAUAAAACCGAAGUUUAUGGAAUGAUAAACAAUGGGUACAAUCUUGCAACGUAUAUGAAUAGCACAUUGUUUAGUGUAUGCUUGAACUGUGCAAUAAUCAAACGGGAAUUCGAUAGAUUGUCAUUGCGGAUAAACCCAAAAUGGCACGAUAACAAAUUCAGUAUCCCUAAGAUUUGCAAGAUGUGUUACAAAACAUUCUGUUGGAGAGAUAAUUGA